AUAAUUUUUAUAAUUAAAGUAUAUAUGCAAACGGAAUUAUAAAUGUGUGAAGCAGCAUUUUAAAAUCGAAAUCUAAAAGACAGUAUAUAAAAUAUAUAAAUAUAUAUAUUCUAAAUAAUAUAUAUAUAUAUAAGCUCCAUAUAAUCACACACAUUUCGCCUGACUGAUAAGCCAGACUGAGUUCUUGGUGCAGGCGAAAAAAAAAAAAAAAAAACAUCUUCAAGACGCGUUGCAACUUUUGAACUCGGCGCUGCGAUGAUUUCCCAUACCGUGAGAGUAUUCAAGCUGAUGUAUAUCGUGGCUGGCAUACUGAUUAGCAAUGAGGAAAUCUGCGAUACGGUCGAUCGCAUACAAAUCGCGCCACGCGUCGAAAUGAAGCCCGAGCCGGAGCAGCGCGGCGGCGGCAUUGGGGGCAUCGGUGGCGUGGCGACACGGCCGGAACGCGAUUCGCCCAAAUCGAAGCGACGCAGGAAGGUGAGCGUCACCGGACUGGCCGGCGGCAUGGUGCGCGGCGUCACCAGCAAGGUGACCAGCCAGGUGACCAGCCGCAUGGGCGCACACUGCAGCUGGCUCUACAACAUGCCCCUCAUCCUGGGCCAAUGGCGCCGGCUUGCGCUCAGCUUCACCGUCUGGACCAUACCCAACUGGCUGCUCGAGUACACGUCCAGCUACAUCAGCCGAAAGUUCUUCAUCAACAGCGACUGUGAUAUGAUCUACAAAUAGUCAGCCUCUCUCUCUAUAUAUAUAUAUAUAUGCCCCAGCAUCUGAUCUGGGCAUUAUAGUUACACUACACGAGCUGUCCAACAACUGCAGCAGAAAGUUUUUUUGGUAGCCCUCAAGUAUAUAUAGUAUAGCUAUUGAAGAGCCCUGUUCCAUGUGAACUAGUCUCGCCGAGCAACUAUCCGGCUCCAAAUAGGCGAGGCUGCUUCUCCUAGCUGCAAUUAGUACAUAUCCCAACACCCAGUCGGAUCGGUUCACUAUAUCUUGUAGAUGCCAUAGGCAAGUCUGAAGUAAAAUCUUAUAGUCUUGCAUCAAAACUUGGGCGUUGCUUAGUCAACAAUAUUUUGGCACAAGUUUUUAUACGCCCGACAACUAUAUUAUAAAGAGGUCAUAGGAAGAAUCGCGCGAAAUUUAAGAUUCUCUGUGAAAAUUCUCUUUGUUUUCUAGGCUAAAUCGGACUACUUUAACACACAGAGUUUCCAUAGCAAAGAUCGUUUUAUUACUAUAUAUAUAAUCUAUAUAUAUUAAACUACUUUGUUAAUAUUUAGCUUAUGCAUGAAAAAGUGUUUUGAUUUGUUUCAAAAUAUCUUGAAGAAAGUCAACAAUUACGAGCAUAUAUUUAAGUGGUCCAUUAUAUCUUAUUAGUAGGAAAGAUAUGUCAAAAAUUUAUAGAUUACCUUUAUUUGUUCUUAUAGAUUAUGGACUUUCAAGAAACUCAAGAUAAGAUUGUUUAGGGUCCAAUGCAAAAGAAUAAAUAUUUUAUGUAUAUCAGUUAAGUAUACGUAAAAUAUUUAAAUUUCAUUCUAACAUGAAUCAAAUUUAUGAACUCUGCAAGAAAUAAAUUCCUGUUCCUCCCCAAAAGGAACCUUCUGCCCCCUCUGUUCUCUCUACCCCUCUCCCACUUCAAUUUCUCUCUACUUAAAAGUUGAAGAAGACACACAAAGAAGUGAAAUUUAUUUAAGUUUUAGUGCUAAGAUGCAAUAGUUAGACAUAAGUUGAAAUAAAUUAAGUGUUUGCCAAACAUUUAGACAUCGA